ACUACUAUAUAACAAAUAAUUUGAGGAUGUCGAAAAAGAAUUUUGCACCGCAGUACAAUAGCGGGAACAGACAAGGUGGCGGAGGGUUCGGUGGCGGGUCCUACCAGCCGCGUCAACAGAAACCGAUGCCCACCGAGCCUCCUUACAUCGCCUUCGUGGGCAAUCUGCCGGACGGUUGUGUUCAGGGGGACUUGGAGAUGAUUUUCAGAGGUCUGACUAUCAAGAACGUGAGGUUGAUCAGGGAUAAGGAAACUGAUCAGUUUAAGGGAUUUUGUUAUGUUGAGUUUCAAGAGUUGGAGGAGCUGAAGGAAGCUUUAUCGUUUCAUGGUGCAUUGUUUAUGGAGCGUCCCCUUAAGGUGGACAUUGGCGGGGAGCCCAAGAGGAACAACGCUAACAGCAGAGGAGGCAGCAGAGGAGGCAGACAGGACAACAGAGGAGGGCGUUCAUUUGACCAGGGUGACCGUGGAGGCCGGGGUGGUAACCAAGGGAACCAGGGUCCUCCGGGGAACCAGGAUCCUGAUGGAUGGUUCACAAGUGGGCGGGGUGGUAAACCGAACUCCAGGAAUGAGUUCAGCCCAUCACCAGCAAGAGGUAGCUACCAACCACGAGGUGCUGGCAAUCCCUACCAGGAGCGAGGUACUGGUAGCAACUCCUACCAGGAGCGGGGCAACAACAACAGGUUUCAGAACGAGCACGAUGACCGGUCCGGCCGUGGUGGUCGCUUCAACAGCCGAUCUCGCAGUUCAGAGAGCGAGGAUGUGAUCAGACCAACCGCCGAGGAGAUGGCAGGGAGACCCAAACUGAAACUUGCUCCCCGCACGAAGAAGGUAGAAAGUGUUGAUCAACUUGCUGAGGGUGUGAAAAAGGCAAGCAUUUUCGGCUCAGGGAAACCAAGAAAUGCUAAUGAUCCGGCCAUGAAGCAAAGAAUGGAGGCAAUUGAGAAGAAAAAAGAGAGGCAAGAUAGCAUCGAGGAGAAAACGGAAUUGGGUGCUGAAGUGGGUCCUGAAGUUGGGGCGGAAGUAGGGGCUUCCGACGAAUAACAAUGUCGCGGGAUGAUUUUUAUUCUCAUUUAUUUAGAGUAUGUUAGAUUUUUAUCCUAACUUAAGUAACUUGGUAUUAACACGGCCCAUUAAGAAACCUGCAAUAAUCAAAACUACAGGUAGACCUUAUUCUUAUUCCCCAUUUAUCCAGGGUGAAUGUUAUUUAAACUUUUAAAGUAGGUCUUUCUUGUCUGAUCAUCAUGAUACUCUAUAUCACACAAAGAGAAGAGUUAAGAAUUAUAAUGUCAUUUUGAUUAAUUUGAGCAAGAGCAGCUUAUACUGUUUUUGUGUGAUAAAGAUAUGAUACGUUGGAUAAAAUCACUUCCGCCUUGUUAACCGACCGUAAAAAUCGUAGAUCAUCCGAUUACAUGAGGGAACUGCUUUGAAUCAAUAUAUGAAAACGAUAGAAUAUGUUUAAAUUGUUUAAUAAGACAAUGAUCAGGUCAUAAUUCUAAAUUGAAAUGUAACGUUGUGCUGCUACACUGAAAGAUUGUAUUAAUAUGCCCGCCUUUAAUACGGUUGAGUAUUGUAACCCGAGUGCAGUGCAGUAUAAUAGUAAUAUACCUUGAUUACAGAUAAAUAUUGAUAGAUUCAGGUUUUAGUGCCCUUACAAAUAAUUCAAAAGUUUGACAGUCAAGCCAAGUUGUAUAAUACACCCAGGUUAAUUGCCUUUAAAAAAGAAAAGCGGCUCAUAUUACGUUAUGUAGCAGUACUCAAUUUGCUAUUUUGCGAAUGUAUUCUUUAUAACGUGCGUAUUAUUCCUUUUUGGACCAUUCUACCUCCAUUUUGUGAACAUGUAAUUUGAUACGCACCCAACGUCCAUCGAGAAAGAAUGUUAUUAGUAAAUAGCUUCAAUAGACUAAUCUAAUUUCUGAGAUUUUGAACGUUACGAGUGCUUGAGUGUAACUGCAACUUGGCAUUUGGAUUUAAGCUAUUUAAUGAUGAUAAUGAUUUUUGCGAAACUAGCAAGCCAUGGAAAAUGUAUGAAGCAGUAUACUUGAUCAGGACAAAUAAUUUUAUAAAAAUACUUAAUUACUAUGGGGAACAUUAUGGUGGGUCAGUUCCAGUUAUUAAAUUGAAUUACAUUUAAAAAUCAACCGUAUCAAAGAUCACUCAAUUGCCUGCAGUUUCGAUAAUAUGUUAUUAAGAGCUUUAAGCAUAUCUUAAUAACUUACAUGAGCCAUGGUGAAGUGUUUUUAUUUGCAAAAUAAUUUAUUGAUUUGUUUAAUGUCAAACCGGCUAA